AUGAGUGGAUAUUUCUUCGUUCUCUUUCUCAACCACUCCUCCCUUCCUCUUUCUCUUUCUCUCUCUCUCUCUCUCUCCCUCACCUCUCUCUCUCUCUCUCUUUCUCUCCCCCCCCACGUUUUUAUCCUAGCGACCCAUUCGCCAUCACCGGCGUUUUCCAAUCGACAAAUUUAUUCUUUUCUCUCUCUCUCUCUCUCUCUCUCUUUUUUUUAUUUCUCUACCUUUUUCUCUUUUACUCUCUCUCACUCUGUUUCUGCCUCUUUCUAUCUCUUCUUUCUUUAUUCUCUCUCUCUCUCUCUCUUUUCUCUUUCUUUCUCUCCGUGUCUUUCUUUUCUCUUUCUCUGCUUUCUCUUUUUUUUUUCUUUUUUUGCACGCACUCAGUUAAGCGAUCAUAAAUCGUCCCCAUCAACACUUUGGUUGUUCUUUUCAUUUUUCUUAAUUUCCCUAUUGUCUCCCUCCUAUUAUUUUUAUAUCAUUUUCUAUCUAUCUAUCUAUCUAUCUAUCUAUCUAUCUAUCUAUCACAAUCUGUUUUUUAUCUAUUUACGUAUCUAUCUAUCUAUCAUAAUCUGCAGUUCUUAUCUAUCUAUCUAUCUAUCUAUCUAUCUAUCUAUCUAUCUAAGUCUGUUCUUAUCUAUCUAUAUCAUUCUGUUCAUUAUCUAUCUAUCUAUCUGUCUUUCUAUCUAUCUAUCUAUCUAUCUAUCUAUCUAUCUAUCUAAUAACAAUAAUAACAGAGAUCUCUGUUCUUAUCUAUCUAUCUAUCUAUCUAUCUCAAUCUGUUCAUUAUCUAUCUAUCUAAUAACAAUAUUAAAACAGAGAUCUCUUUUCAAAUCCAUCUAUUUAUCUAUCUAUCUCAGUCUGCUCAAAUCUAUCUAUCUGUUCACAUCUAUCUCUUCAUAUUUAUCUGUUAAUAUCUAUCUAAAUCUAUGUCAGUCUGUUGAUAUCUAUCUGUUCACAUUUAUCAUCCUGUUCAUAUCUUUCUCUUCACAUCUAUCUAUCUAUCUAUCUAUACGCUGA